AGGGAAAUGUAACGCAACGAAACGAGCUAUGAGUGAUGAUGACAGUAUAGACUUUGACAUAACAAUCUCUGGAUCAAGGCAUUCAGAGGGCGGAGCGACCACGACUCCGUCAGUCGCUGAGAAAGAAACAUGGAUCGAUCGAAUGCACAACAGGCUGGCUUUCUGUGCACUCUGCGUUUUCGUUCUUCUCAUCGUCGUCGGUUUGAUUCUGCUCAUUUCGAACAUUCAGGAGUGA